AUGGCAUCGCCGCAGAGUCCACCGUCGCCCAGCGCAAGUUUCUACGAUAUGAGCGACGACGAGGAAGGGGAGUACAACACAAUAAGACACACAAGCAGCGGGAAGGGUGUUAAGCUUCUUUACACCAAGAGCAAGGUCUACGUGCAUCCAACUCCGUCAGCAAAGGACAACAUCCCCGGCUUCAUCGCUCUAGUCCAACAAAAGCCAUCCCGCGCCUCCAUCUCUAGCCCCGACCGCCCAACCUCCUCCUCCUCAACCCAAACCAUCGCCGCCUCCAACCUCCUCCUAACCUGGAUGCCCGAGUCCUCCCUCGGCAGCGCCCACGACAUCUACGUCAAAGUCGACCUCUCCGACAGCUCCUCCCCCCCCAAACGCUCCUACCUCGUGCCACCACCCCCCAUAGCCACGAGCCAUAGCUCCUCCCUCGGCACCUACGCCUUCGGCGUCCCCGUCUCCGAGAUAUACAGCCUGCUCGUGCGCCCACCGAGCCUCGGCUGGUGGUUUGGCAGCGUGGUCAUCAACACUCGCGCCGGCGAGUCGUUCCCGGCCCUCUUCUUCCACGACUCGGAAUGCCAGUCGACGAUCCUGCAGCGCAAGAAGCUCGCGCGGGAGAGCUUCGAUCCGUUUGGCGAUGGCGGCGGCAUGUUUUGGGGCGGGGACGAGGUGCUGCGCUGGCUUAAGCGCUAUGUGACCGUUGUGAGGAGUGGUGCUGAACCGAGCAUUUACCUCAUCGAGCCUGACGAGGCAGACAAGACGAGUUUUGGGCCGAAGCCGACAACGGAGAAGGUCAAGAAGAUGCUAGAGGGGGACAACAAGCAAGAGAGCUCAAGAACUUCGCCGGCGACGAAGAGGGAUGCAGGUAUGGAUCCUGUCACUAAGGCGCUCAAGGAGGCGAGGUGGAAUUUCUUGGAGAAGCUGAGCCAGGUCACGACGUUCACGCGGCGCACGGCGCAGGCUGUGGCGGAUAACCCGAAGGUUCCGCCCCAGGUCAGGAGGUUGAUGAAGAACCCAGAAGUUCAGACCCUGCAGGAGGAGUUCGACAGCGCAAGACUGUACUUAGCGAGAUGGGCGAUGGGCAUCGCAGAGCAGAGCGAACGAGAGAGGAACCAGAGAAUCUGGACGGCCAAGGACGUGCUGGAGAUGGAGGAGAGUGCAGUCGGCGAGUUCGAAAUACUGGACAUGGAGGCGGGCAACCUGUCGCUUUCCGAACGGCGGAAGCCGGUCACGAUCAAAGAGUGGAAUGGGUGGUUCGAUGCGAAGAGUGGCAGAUUGCAGAUCACGCCUGACGAGGUGAAGGAGCGAAUAUUCCAUGGUGGUCUGCAUCCAGAAGACGGGGUCAGGAAGGAGGCUUGGCUGUUCUUGCUCGGCGUGCAUGAGUGGAACAGCACCAAAGAGGAGCGGCUAGCGAGCUUCAAUAGUAGAAGGGAUGAGUACAUCCGAUUAAAAGGUGGCUGGUGGGAGCGGAUGGUCGAGGGCCACUCCACCCCAGAAGAGGCCGAGUGGUGGAGGGAGCAGAAAAACAGAAUAGAGAAGGAUGUGCACCGAACAGACCGCAAUAUCGAGGUCUUCGCGGGAGAGGACAUCCCUCACCCCGAUCCCGACUCGCCUUUCGCAGAGGUCGGCACGAAUGUGCACCUUGAGCAGAUGAAGGACAUGCUCCUAACGUACAACGAGUACAACAAGGACCUUGGUUACGUGCAGGGCAUGAGCGACCUUCUCGCGCCCAUUUACGCAGUGAUGCAAGACGACGCAGUCGCCUUCUGGGCUUUCGUUAACUUCAUGGAGCGCAUGGAACGAAACUUCCUCCGCGACCAAUCCGGCAUGCGUCUCCAACUGCUUACGCUAGACCACCUCGUCCAACUCAUGGACCCGAAACUCUACCUGCACCUCCAAUCCGCCGACUCGACAAACUUCUUCUUCUUCUUCCGCAUGCUGCUCGUGUGGUUCAAGCGCGAGUUUGAGUGGCUCGAUGUUUUGCGCCUGUGGGAGGGUCUCUGGACGGACUGGCUGAGCAGUAAUUUCCACUUGUUCAUCGCCCUGGCAAUACUGGAGAAGCAUCGAGACGUUAUUAUGGAGCACCUGCAGCGGUUUGACGAGGUGCUCAAAUACGUCAACGAGCUCUCCGGCACAAUCGACCUCCAAACCACACUCGUCCGCGCAGAGGCGCUCUUCCGCCGCUUCGAGCGCACCGUCCAGACCAUCGACAAGAAGCACAAUUUCCCCAGCCCUAGCGUGAGGCAACGGAAGCCGGAGCAACAACCCUCGUCGCCGUCGCCAGGACCGUCGCAGAAUGGUGCCGCUGCUUCUUCCUCUAGCACUGACAAGGAUAAGCAAAGCGUCGGCGACGCAGUGGCCCAAGGCAUCGGUGCCGAGAAGGAGAAGGUGAUUAGCCCUGAGUUGAGGAAUUUGCUCAGUAGGAAGGUCGAGAAGCUGGAUAAGGCGGAGGUCAGGGCGCAUGGUGGUGGGGUAGGGACGUGA